UUUAUCUGUGUACAUUUUACGUCACGCACGCACGUCAUUCAUUGAAUAGAGUUGUUUCACUUCUCUUCUGAAUAUUUUUUAUUUAUUUUCGCAACUCCAAUUUCGACACAUGUACGAAAUCUUUUAUUAUUCAAAUGUCACAAACAGUAAAAAGUAAACAUAUCAACGAAAUGGAUAACCAGUAUUAUUAUAAACUGAUGGCUAGCUAUUUGUCUAAGAGGAACUGUGACGAGUCUUUUAUGAGGUACUUUUUCGGCAAGAAUUCUUUGAAGAAAACACCUGAAGAACUUGAACGAGCCGACGAACGGAAGCGUCGCUUGCAGAGGGAACGAUCGCGAAGAUAUCGGGCUUUGAAAAAUGCACGGCGGCAGCAUGAGAGCGGCGGUAGUGGCGGCCGGGAUAGCGGUGACAGCGACGGCGCAGCGCUACGCUCCAAAUCUCGCACACUUAUGCUGGAGGAGGAAUUUAGUGAUGGCGACGAACCACCCACGUUGUGCGACCUUAACUAUGAGGAUAAGUGGCUGGGUUCGGAUUGUGCGUCAGAUGACAACUCUGCACAUUCGACUGCCGAGCUGAAGGAGGCUCCGUUGGUCGCAGACACACCGCUUAGCCUCAAAGAAUUUUUAAGCUCGCCAAACGCUGAACUAGACUAUCCCACCGUGCACAGCCUCAUGUUUCAUUGGCUACAGACGUAACAACACAGCUACUCUACUUACCACAUUACAGGUUGCACAUUCAAUUGGCUUUCACCUUGCUAGAUUGAUAUUUCCAAAUUAGGGAUUACAGUGACUUGUAAAAAAAUGGUGGCAAUCACAAAGCGGGAAAGUAUUUUAAUGUCUUUAUCAUCAGAUUUUAAUGUCAAAGUAUGUGGAUUAGUGUCAAAGUAAUCUUUAAAAAAGUUUUAAAGUAAUCUAAACAACACAAAAAAGUUAUAUCACCAUACAAGUCUUCCACACAUAUUCAAAGAUAAUCACAUAAUCACAAACUUCCAUGGAAAAUAAGAAGUAAUAUGGACAAUUCAGUCUUAAUUAUUAGUUUUGAAAUUAUUGGUUUUUCUUAAUAGAUGUUAUGAUAUUAGAAAUACUUUCCCUCUAUUUACAUAUGACCCUGAUGAGUGACUACAGCCUGAAGGAAAUAAUGUGGUAGCUUUCACAUAUCAAACUAAACAUUGGUUGUUAUCAGUCAUGUCACACAUCAUAUGAUAAACCGUCCUACUAUAAUUUUAGAUCUAAUGUACUUUAAUUAUUAACCUACACAUAGCUAGUACAAGUAAUUGAUGUGAUAAAGUUCAUCUUGUGUGAUAUGUAGAAGAUGGGCUUUAUGCCUGGCAAUGGCAAGAUUUGAAAUUACUAUAAAAAUUGUUGAUAUCAAAAAUAUCCCCUGAGUAAAGAUUUAGCCAAUAUCCUUGUAUAAUAUUGAUAUUAACAUAAACAUAUUAGUUAGGAUGUCGAAGACCAUGAAAUUGAGGAUGAAAAGUAGGAAAGUUGACCCUGGGCUUCAAAGCAUCAAAGUGUUUAUAUAUGCAAGUAACCAUUCUCCAAUGACAAUGGCACUAGAACAGUAUGCUUAAUAAUACUCCACUACCAGUUUCAUAAUACUCAGAAGUUCUACCUCCCCUACAUAAGAAUGGAUGAAUAACUUUGUGGAAUGCAAUAUUUAUAAAAAUUUAUCACAAAAUUUUAAAACUAAUUUGGUAUAAUUUUGUGUAAUAUGAAAAUUUUUCUUACUGGAUAAAAAUUUACUCAGUGGGAUUAUUGUAUAGUUAUUGUCUACCUAUCAUAUCAAUGAGAUUGUAUUGUCUCAGGUUCUGUUUUAGUUUGUAACUUUAGUUGAUAACAAUCACAAUUAAGUGCCACUUCACUGUGCCAGCUAUUUUUAAUUAGUUAUAUGAUUUUUGGAUUUAUAUUUUUGUUUAUUUCAUCUAAUGAGAUUCAAAAUUUUAAUUAUAGCAUAGCUCCACUAGUUUUAGAGUAUUCCACUAGACAAUAUGUUGUUGUUAAGUUGCCAUAUCUUAAUAUUUAGAUACUCGACUAUUAUACAAUAUAUAUGCAGAGAAGUAUAUAGAGUAUAUGAUUAUACUUAUAGUUUGUGAUAUGAAUGAAUUUACAUUUUGUGUGAAAUCUACAAUAUUAGAUGUAUGAGUAAUUGCUAGCAAGCGAAAUAAGAGUAGGAAACAACAAAAUUGCUUGGAGUAUUUGAACUGAUUGAAAGACAUUUUUAAGCUGCAUAUUGUCUGUGCCGGCAGUAGAGCUGCAAUAUGUUCUUCUAUACAAACAUGUUAUAAAACCAUUCCUGUAUAAUAACAUAUAUUUUUAAUUUGUAUUGUAGUGAGGGAAAAUUACUGGAUUCCAUUUGCAUUUAUUUAUAAUACUCCAUUUUAUAAUUUGCUCUCUUUAAAGAUGUUAUGUUAUUUUUGAGAAGUUUUACUUAAUUGAACUGCAAGAAAUAUUAAGAAAUGUUUUCCAGGCCUGCACAGUAAAAAAUGCUUAUUUUUGUUACUUUUUAGGUGUCUGCUUGAGUAAGACUAUUUUUUUUGUUUGUAAAAAUCAGAAGUAGCUGAGACUAUUUAGACCCCUAUAAACUUGUGCAUGAAUAUAAAAUUAAUGGGGUAACUGGUUCCAUGGUCUCAAAUAUAAAGAAGCUUAAGUAAGAUUCAAUAGGUAUGCAAUUAAGAAUGAUUUUAAUAGGAUCUAAAAUUGGAAUUUAUUUUUUUUCUGUAAUGUAUCAUUCAAGUAUAAUUAUACUUUUUUAUCAGAUUUUAUGUGACAGGCAUUUUGUUUUGAAAUAUUUUAAUUUACCCAAAUAUGCAACAUAUCUUCUCUAAUACUGGCAGCUUUAUUAAAACUUAAGAAGAUGCUGUGUUGAUAUCAGCAUUGUUUUGUUAUACUGCCAUAAGGCUGAUGCUGAAUCAGUCAUCUAAUUCAGAAUAUACACAACCACUACACAUACUAAACUAGGGUGCUUCUUUAAAGAUUACAUUCAAUUUUUGUUAAAUCAUAUGCAGAAUAGAGAUAAGUGUCGUUAUUCCCAUGUAUUAUGAACAUGCUUUUGACAUUUAAUAUUAUAAUUUUUUAUUAUCUAAUUUGAGUAUGCAGUAUCAGAAAGAAAAUAAUAAGAAUUCUUUGUAAACUAAAAUUAUGUAACUCUAAUUCAGUAUUGUCUGAGCCUGCCUACCAGCGACGGCUGUUACAUCCAAUAACCAGUUGAUAAAUUUUUAUGCAGGCUUUUAAAAUGCCAGCCAAAAAAAGUAUAGGAAAAAGAAGCAUACAUUUUCGACUAUCAGCUGAUCAGUCAAUUUGUAUAAGAGAAAAAUAAUUAUUUCUUUUUCUAUUUAUGUAUUUUUAAGAAUACCUGCGCUAUUUCGUUAUCCAAGUUUGCUAUGAGCAUUUUGGCUGGUGUUAAAAGCAACCUGUAUGGUUAUGCCUAUGUAGAAUGUGUGAAUUAAACACUUUUGUAGCAAUGACAAAGUACCCUUGUGUAUUUAUUCUAUAUGGAAGCAUAUGCAUCCGUAUUUGUGGAUACAUAUAUGCUUUCAAGUAGCAUUGCAGUUUCAUGAACGAGGAAAUAUGCAAUCAUGUAUUUCUCGAAGUCAAUGUAAUAGACAAUAAUUUAUUAGAUGUUCUGUCGUUAAAGAUUGGUGAUAUAGUUGAUUUUGUUUUCUUGCGCAUAAGCAGAUUGUGUUGUGGCAGCUCUGCCCAGAUCUUACUGAUUAUUAUAAGAUCAAUCUAAUUUUGCAAGUGGGGGAGUAUUCGGAACUUGAACUUAUGAAUGAACGUAACAAGAAAAAUAUAAGAACUAAAAUGUAUAAUUUUUGUAUUAUCUUUACAGUGUCUAGAAUAGUCUCCCACUUGUUCCGCGUUGCCUUCAAGUGUAGUGUUGUAAUGUAACUAACGCUUAGGUACUGUAAGGUAGUGCCAUAUUAAAGAGCUUCCUGAAUAUUUUUAA